AUGAUAUACGCACUCGGUGUCAGCCGAGAAUUGGAAACAGCUAUGUUUCAGGCUUGGCAACACGGAAAAGUCGCUGCUGAUCAUCUAGAGUUAGUAGGCAAGGCCGAGGGACCUUUUGGUUACACAAGUGAGGUUUACUACAAUAUUUAUGUGCCAGGCGGUGCACGCGUCAGCAGAAAAUAUGGCCCGCACAUCGGGUUGCUUGCCAAUGAAGGUCUUCCUGUAGACACCGAGAAGAUACUGAGGACGUUGGACUGGAUUCUGGUAGGCGAGGCGCCAGACAGCUCGCAAUGGCUCCGCGCUCGCCUCGCACAAGAUAAGCUAUUUCGAGUUAGAAGUCCGGAUAUGCAGUGCGAGCAGAGGUACAAGCAGGUAUUCUACAAGUACCAAGCCUUCAUCUUCGGAUUCUAUUAUCAGCUUCUGGGACAAAUCAUCUCUUUUGAGAACGCAUACACAGCCGACUUCUUCUACGGGAUAUGGGGCACACAUAGCACAUCAUUCCUAGCCAUGUGUACUCACCUCGGCCGAUGCUUAAGAAAAGACGAGAAAGCCACCAGAUCCCAAAUUCUGUAUAUACUCGCAGCAAUGUAUAACGGCCGUUGUAAAACUUUCUAUCCGAAUUCGACUCUUCCCAAGCUGGUCGGUGUCAUUGGGCAAAUCUCAGUGUUGACGCUACCCCUAAUCCGAAUCACGGAUGACCCAAAAGAGAUAUCAAAAAUCGCUCUUGUCGAUGUGCCGAUUGUCGAUCUGAUUGCAAACAGCGCUGAUGGAGAUCUCAUGGCAAGUGAAGGUGGAGGUCUGAGGUUUGAGUAUCCAAGUGAAAACGACCACGCCGUGGCGAUCACCCGACCGGCCAGUCCAGCGAGUAGAUGGACUGUGUAUCCAUGCAUGAGUACAGUGUUGAAUGGUGACAGGACUGAUGGCGUAGUAAUGGCAGCUAGAUGUGGGAAGAGGCUUGUCGGAUGGUUCAACCCGCUGGCUGCUGAUGUUUCAUUUCUGAGUUCAGCUUACGUGACCGAAUCGUAUAGCGAAGAGACAGUGGUUGCGUUUGAGGUGAGAGACGAACAUUGGGAGGCGGGCAAGAUUCUGCAACCAAACCCGAAUCAACCGGGGUCUGAGUUUGGCGUUGUGCGCUCUCAUGGCUCCUCUAGUAUGAGGUAUGCAGCUGCAGGUUUCUAUGCUGAGAGGGGUGAAGAGAUAGCGAUUGCUCGGACUGCCAGCGAAUUCUCUGGAGCGUUCGACAGGGUACAAGCACAAGACCAAGGGAUAGUCAUCGCAUAA